AUGGCCAAUCAACCCCCAUCAAAGCCUAGCGGGAGGGCCACAAAUGACCUCCUGGAGCACUUUCAGAAAAUCGACGUCAAGUCGGCCGGCAAACCGACGAGGCUCACCACCCGGCUGGUGCAGUUUUGCAACCGUUGGCGUAUCAAGAAGGUGUUAUCGCACUUCGGGCUUUUAGUGUCACUUGGCAUCUACUGCGGCGUCGGCGGCUACAUAUUCCAAAAGUUCGAGCUUCCGGCCGAGCUCGCCCGCACGCACCGGCUCCGUACGUCGCUGGUGCGGCACCGGCAAGAGUUCAUCUACUCGAUCGUCAACCACACGGACGUGCGCAACCUGGAGCGCCUGUUCGAGCUGGAGCUGGAGCAGUACGAGCGAGUGGUGCAGGAUGCGGCCCAAGGCGGCAUACAGAUCGAUGCCGGCCAAAACUUUCCGGUGGCCGUGGAGAAGUGGAGCCUGCUGCAGGCCGUUUUCUUUGCGUCCACGGUAAUCACCACCAUCGGUUAUGGCAACAUCGUCCCAGUGACGGAUGGUGGCCGAGUUUUCUGUCUACUGUUCGCCCUGAUCGGUAUCCCCUUCACGCUGACGGUCAUCGCCGACUGGGGUCGUCUGUUUGCCGGGGCCGUCUCGACACUGGUCAAGAACUUUCCGGCGAUUCCGCUGGCUAGAUUCUGCCCAGAUACCGGCUUCAAGCUGUCGGAGCGGAAGUGGCUGUACGCGGUCGGUGCCGUCGGCUUUCUGGGGAUCUACCUGGCAGCCGGGACAGGGCUGCUGUUGCUGUGGGAGGACGAUUGGAGUUUCUUCGACGGGUACUACUUCUGCUUCAUCACCAUGACCACCAUCGGGUUCGGGGACCUGGUGCCCAGUAAGCCCAACUACAUGCUCCUGUGCACGCUCUACAUUCUGGUCGGACUCGCGCUCACCAGCACCAUCAUCGAGCUGGUUCGCCGGCAGUACGCCCAGAGCUGGCAUAAACUGCAGGCCCUUUCCGGACCACUGGCGGAUACGCUGCGACGGUUGGGCGAAUCGGCCGGCACCGGGAUCGAUGUGACGGCCCUACACAACGACCUGCGGCGAGUCCUUACCGUCGUCUCGAUGCCCCGGCGCCACGGUAACAAGAAGGCGCAGGCGAAGGAAAUGGCCGCCCUGGAGGCGAUCACGAACGCGAUACUGCAGGACAUCAAGGAGAAGAGCGAGUGCAAGGAAGGGCCGGCACCGGUCCUGCAGAUCGUCAUAUACGAAUCGUCCGUCUGAGUCCGUCCGUCAUCGUCGUCGCGCUAUUCUAGUAUUUCGUUCGUUCAAAUUUUA